GUAUAGCUCAAAAUUGUGACGAGUUAGAGCAAAUCUGAGCCCGGAUUCGGAUUCAGCGGCCCAAAAUCCUUUGGAGACACAUAAGUUUGCUCUUGAGACACACAAAAAGUUAAUUUUUGUUACGCUGUGUAAUCUGGGAACAAAACGAAAACGGAAGAAGUUAAAAAUGUGAAACUAAUGUAUUCUCCUGGUUCUUAUCGGAAGCUGCAUGAAAUUCCAAUCGGCUUUCACUACACAUCUCUAAGAGCAACCUUAACGGGCGCUACUUUUCGAGCAGCGCUGCUAACUUCACCACUCGCUUCUAUUUUAGUUUAGUCACCCUUUUUCGUACCGGCAGCUGCUAAACAAGGUUGUCAAUUCAGUCACCCUGUUCCGUAUCGGUUGGAGCUAUAAUUGUAAACAAAAACAAAACACCAGAAAGUGCUGCAAGAGUUCAGUGAAUUUUUAUUCGAAAAAUGGAGAUGGAAAUCUUUUCACUCGUUUUUUCUGAAUCCAGCGAUGACGAGCUGGAAUUUAUGGGACAAAUGCUGGUUCAUGGACAAGCCGUCGUCGCCGGAACGGUAGAUAGCCGUGAAAAGAAGAAGCGUAGCAGGAAACCUAAUAUCGAGAGGCAAGCACAGGAAGGUGCCCAACGUCUGGUGGCGGAUUAUUUCGCCGUUAAUCCAACAUAUACUGAUGACCAAUUCCGUCGACGAUUCCGGAUGAGUCGCACCUUAUUCUUGCGUAUAGUCGAUGCAGUGGAAGAAGCAAACAUCUACUUCCGACAACGGUCGGAUGCAACCGGAAAAUUAGGGUUCACCCGGUUGCAGAAGUGCACCGCAGCAAUGCGACAGUUGGCGUACGCAACUCCUGCGGACGCCAUUGAUGAAAACCUGCGGAUGUCAGAAUCCACGGCGCGCAAUUGCUUGCUGCAAUUCUGCGGAACCGUUGUGAAAGUGUAUGCCGAGGAAUAUUUGCGAUCCCCCAAUACAAACGACCUGCAGCGAUUGCUGAAUGAAGGCAAAAGCCGUGGGUUCCCAGGAAUGCUUGGAUCCCUUGACUGCUGCCAUUGGGAGUGGAAAAAUUGCCCAACUGCUUGGGCUGGACAGUUUAAAGGCAAGGGGAAAAAGCCCACAAUCGUCCUCGAAGCAGUGGCUUCAUAUGAUUUGUGGAUCUGGCAUGCAUUUUUCGGUAUGCCAGGAUCCAUGAAUGACAUAAAUGUCCUGGAGCGUUCCCCCCUGUUCAAUGACCUGUACUGUGGACGAAGUCCUGAGGUGGAAUUCGAAAUCAAUGGAAACAUUCAUCAUGCUGGAUAUUAUCUGGCAGACGGAAUAUAUCCUCCCCUUUCGACGUUGGUGCAGACCAUUUCAUCGCCAUUCGGACAAAAACGCAAGGUAUACAUAUUUAAUAGACAAUUUGAAAUUAUUGAAAAAAUAAGUCGAAUUUUGAUCCUAAAUUAAGCAUAAUAAGGUGCGUGACUAUUUAGGCAGGGGGGGGGGGUUAAUUUUGAGCGCUUUUUCGCCAUUAACUCAUUUGAUUUUGAACCGUAUUUGUAGUAUUUGAGACAAACCAUUAGGUGUUUGAUUUUGGCGUAAAAAUAAAUCCAAAAUUAACUGUGAAAUCGGAACACGAAUUGAAAAUUGUAUGCACAAUUUACUUUUGUCUCUUUUCCGCAGCACUUUGCAAAGCGACAAGAGGCAGCUAGGAAGGAUGUGGAACGAGCUUUUGGGGUACUGAUGGCACGAUUCGCCAUUUUAAAGAAUCCCGCUCGACUGUGGGAUAAAAAUGAUCUCGCGACAAUCAUGCGAGCUUGUAUCAUCCUACACAACAUGAUAAUCGAACAUCAACGAGAAGCUACUACUGAGGUUGAAAGAGACUACUGGACAUGCGACGGAACAAUCAAAAUGGGCUGUGGCGAUACGGACUUCACUGCUUUUCUAGGGCGUUACGAGCGUGUUCAUAGUGCAGUGAAACACCAUCAGCUGCAAGAAGAUUUGAUUGAGCAUCUAUGGACGCUGAAGGGAGAAGAAGAAGACUAAGUAAAUUACUCUUUUCACACGCACAUCAUCGAAACAUACCUGCACACAAAACCAGCCUACUAAUUUUAACACAUUUUAACACACAAAAAGAAUUAAAUCGACAAAAUAAACAUUCAAGUUAAAAACAUUUAUUUAUUCGGCAGUAUAAAACGAACAGUAUUUUAAAAUAUGUUUUAAUAACAUAACGAAACAUACGAUACAUAACAAAUUAGAUUGUUAAUUACCACCAUCUGUAUCUGAAUCAGAAACCUGGUCUGAAUCCCCAUUCCUAUCAGGGUUUAAUUCGACAUCAACGUACUCUGUGACGUAUUCCGCGGUAUCAACGUUGCCAUCGUUUUCAACUUCAUCAACUUCAGACUCGUCAGUAAUGUCGUAAGAAUUAUGUAGCGUUUCGGGUACCACAUUUUUCGCCAUAGCCUGCUGGAGUAUUCUUUCUUGUUCCAUUUCGUAAUACUUUUUAGCCGUUUCACUAAGAGUGGAGAAAUCAACCGACAUGAUGGAGUGAUUCACCAUCCGAUUAAUGGCUUGUGUUCGUUCUCUUGCCAGAACUGCUUUCUCUUUUGACGCUUCUGCUAGUAAGUUACCAGCUUUGGCUAUCUGCAUACCUGCGAGUUCAGAAUUUCCUUUUAAUUUUUGCUGAUGUUUUGAUGCUUUUUGUCCUAUUGGGCGGCUAGUUGACGACGACGACUGAGUGGUAGAUAAAUCAUUAUCUUCUUCGAAAUUUUCUCCAUCAUCUGAUCGUCUACGCUUUGAGGAGUUCGCUGU